GCUAGAAGUUUCACGCUUUAAACUCAAUUCCCGAUGGCUGCUAAGGCACUUUAACAGUAUCAUUCAAUCUCCACUUUUCUCGAUCACACUCUUCGGAAUUAAGACGAACCAAGAACAGGCACGGGCCCACACAGACACAUGCCGCCCUUAAGCUCCACACAAUUGAAGUCACAUGCUGAUUUUGAUCAUCAAGAACUUCCAACACGAGCAACAUAUGCUUCGAUCACUUAUUCACACUUCUAGAUCAGCAAUAAAGACAUCAAACAAAACAUUCAUUCCCGCUUUACAAUUCAGAUCACAUACAACCGCAAUGGCUGCUGCACCACUACAAUUGAACGCUUUACAAGGUGUUGAAGCUGCAAAAAGAGCGGCUGCUUAUGCUGCAGUGGAUAAUCAUGUUAAACCUGAACAUCAAAUCAUCGGAAUCGGAUCGGGAUCUACUGUUCCUUAUGUAGUAGAAAGGAUUGUACAGCAAGGUCCAAAAGUUAACACAAAUCGAUGGUUCGUUCCAACUGGCUUUCAAUCAAAAGAACUUAUUGUUAAAAAUGGUUUAAAAUUGGGUGAUGUGGAUUCAUUUCCUGAAAUUGAUGUAACAAUUGACGGAGCCGAUGAUGUGGAUUCCAACUUGAACGCAAUCAAAGGAGGCGGUGCAUGUCAAUUACGUGAAAAAGUAUUAGCAGAAGCAGCAAAGACUUUCAUCAUCGUAGCAGAUUUCCGUAAAAAUGGUGAAAUCCUCGGUCAAGGAUGGAAACAAGGUGUUCCAAUCGAAGUAGCAGAAUUUGCAUGGAGUAAAGUACAAAGACAAUUGGUUAAAUUGGGAAGCACAAAUGCCGCUCUUCGAAUGGGAAAAGCCAAAGCUGGACCAGUGGUAACGGAUAACGGUAACUUUGUGAUCGAUGCACAAUUUGAUGAAAAGUUUAUGAAGCAACCUGAUGAAUUACUCAAGACGAUCAAACUUUUGACAGGUGUGAUCGAAGUUGGAUUAUUUACGAACAUGUGUCAAGCAGCUUAUUUUGGAAAUGAAGAUGGAACAAUCACAGCUAAAGAAAUUGGAGGAAAGGUGCAAAAAGGAAUCACUUUCGAUGUUUCUAGGAAUCCCAUCGUUUCAUGAAUGAUAAAUGUAAUUAAAUCGGAAUAUAAUCAUCAUCAUUAAAGAAU